AGAACAGAUCAACAGACCCCAAAUAUGAAAAAUCUACCGCUGUAGUAAAUUUCCUUCCACCACAAUUUCCAAGAGCCUGUGUGCCCCUUUCUUUCUCUCUUGUUUCACUUCUGCUACGAACUCCGUUCCUCUCUUGUUGAUUUGGUGAGUGGUUCUUUCUGAAUCCAACAAACUCAACCACCGUUCGAGAUUCAAUCCACCAAUCGAGCCUUGAAUGGACGCUAUCAGAAAGCAAGCCUCCAAGCUUCGUGAACAGGUCGCUCGCCAACAGCAGGCUGUGCUGAAACAAUUCGGGGCUGGAGGGUAUGGAGGUUCGGAUAAUAUGGUUACUGAUGAGAUAGAGCUUCAACAACAUCAGAAACUUGAGAAGCUUUACAUAUCAACGCGUGCAGGAAAGCAUUAUCAAAGGGAUAUUGUCCGUGGAGUAGAAGGUUAUAUUGUUACCGGAUCCAAGCAAGUUGAAAUAGGAACAAAGUUGUCAGAAGAUAGCAGGAAAUAUGGUGCUGAAAAUACAUGUACCAGUGGUAGUACAUUAUCGAGAGCUGCGCUAAAUUAUGCACGUGCCCGUGCACAAAUGGAGAAGGAGUGUGGGAACGUACUUAAGGCUCUUGGCACACAGGUUGCAGAGCCCUUAAGAGCAAUGGUGAUGGGUGCUCCACUGGAGGAUGCUCGGCAUCUUGCUCAACGUUAUGACAGAAUGAGACAGGAUGCUGAAGCCCAGGCUAUUGAAGUUUCCAAACGCCAGGCGAAGGUAAGAGAAUCACCCGGCAAUGCUGAGAAUUCUAUGAAGCUGGAAGCAGCUGAAGCAAAACUGCAAGACUUGAAGUCAAACAUGUCUAUAUUGGGAAAGGAAGCAGCUGCGGCAAUGGCUGCUGUUGAAGCACAGCAACAAAGGUUAACCCUCCAACGUCUUAUAGCUAUGGUUGAAGCGGAGCGUGCUUAUCAUCAAAGAGUACUCCAAAUACUUGAUCAUCUUGAGGGAGAGAUGAUAUCAGAACGACAACGUAUUGAAGCCCCUCCUACACCUAGUGUCGAUAACAGCAUGCCACCGCCCCCAUCAUAUGAAGACGUGAAUGAUGUCUUUGCUUCUCAAGCACAUAAUGGCUCAACAGAUAGUAUGGGUUACUUCUUAGGGGAGGUUUUAUUUCCCUACCAUGCUGAAUCUGAAGUUGAACUGAAUUUAUCAGCUGGGGAUUAUAUUGUCAUUCGAAAGGUUACAAACAAUGGAUGGGCUGAGGGUGAAUGUAAAGGUAGAGCAGGCUGGUUUCCAUUUGGUUACAUUGAAAGAAGAGAGCGAGUCCUUGCAAGCAAGGUUGCUGAAGUGUUUUGAAUUUUUCUGUAGGGUUGCUUGCUAGCCCCAGGGAUUUUGUAUGUGUUCAUGUUUUGGUUUUUGUGCUGAAGUCUAUGGAUAACGUGUUCUUAGCUUACAGCAAAUUGGUUUGUGAUAUAGGUGAUAACUUUUUCCUUGUGAUUAUCAAUUGAUAUAUGAUUCCCCUUUUGUUUAUCA